GAAGAAUUAGAAUCCGGAGAAACUGAUGCUACAUGCCCAAGUUGUUCUCUAGUUGUAAAAGUUAUUUAUGACCCUGAAACUUUGCCACAUAAACAAACUAUAUCAACUACAACUAAAAGCUUAGAAAAGUGUUAGUUUGAUGGCUGGAUCAUCAAGAGGAAAGAGAGGAGGAGGGCGUGGAGGUGGUAAUAAUGUAGGUCGUCCACAUAUAUCCAUUGGUCCUGACAAAUUAGAAGCAGACGAUCCACUUGAUUUUAAAGCCCCAGAACUCUUUCCACCUUUGCGAGCAGCUGUUACUGAGAUUGAAGAAGAUAGUGAAGAUGAUGAUUUGAUAUCUUUUGAAAAGAAGUUAGCCAAACAUUUUCAUAAUGCUGCAUCAUUUAUUUCGAAAGAGGAGUUUACUAGCCCUUGGUCAUACCUUAAAUCUAUAGAUAACCAUAACUACUUUCCACCAUCUCUGUUACCGAAAAAAAAAAAAAGUUCACUGGAUGAAAAAUUAUUAACUGAUAAACAGUGGAUGGAAAAGUUAAAAUCUGAGAUAACUAAUCAUGACUAUUUAUCACUGCAGGAAAUUGUUUCUGCUAAGAAAAAUAAAAUUGACGAUUUCCUUUGCCCUGCCAACAAAAAAAAAGCAAAAACUGAUAAUCCCACUACAUCAUUAUUAAUUAAUGAAAGUAUUGCCAAAGAACUUGACGAAGAAGAAGACAUUGAUGUUGAAGACAGCGAAGAACCAAAAAAAAAAGAAGAUGAAGAAAAAGAUGAGCAGCCCAAAGAUAUUGAGGAAGAAUUUGAAAGUGAUGUGGAUGAUGAAUUAGAUGAUGGUACAGAUUACAAUAAAAAUUAUUUUGAUAAUGGCGAAGGGUAUGAUGAUGAUGAUGAUGGUCUGGACGAUAAUGAUGCAAUUUAUUAAUUAUAUUCUAAAAAUGAUUUUAAUAAAUUGUAAUGCUUGAGUUUUUUUUUUGUUACAUAAAUUAACCAAUGUGAAAAAUGUUUUUAUUUAACAUUUGGUUUUUUAAAUUUUUCUUCAAAUCAGGCUGUGGAUUAAAUUGCUAAUGUGAUAAAUCCAAAACUCAAUUGUAAUGUAAUAAUUAUUUUAUUAAGUUUAAUUUGUAUAAAAUACAUCAUAGAUAAUGCUAAUUUAUAUUUAAAUAUAAUUUAUGAAAUUUGAUGAUGAUGUGAUUUCAGAUCGACUGUAAAAGUUAUGUUAAAUUUUGAUUAUAUCAAUAAUAUUAUAUUACUAUUAAUAUACUUUUAUUUUGUACAAAUAAAACCCUUGAAAUAACAUUUCUCAUGUAAUUGUUUAGUUAAUUUUAAUUCACUUUUGUGCUGUUUGUUAAAAUAACAAAGCAUCAUAAUAUAUUUAUUAAUUUUCCAUGUA